AUGUUUAACUACCAUAAAAACCUCCCGAGCUCUUCUCCAUCUGAAACUUUUGGCUUCUUUGAGCUGUCUUCAACAGCACCACAAGUUUUGAUGGCUGAUGUUCUAAGGCCAAGACCAGCUUCAUCUGUCCCUGUUUUCAGAGGUUCUAAAGUUGCCUUUAAUAUAGUCUAUAUCCAAGUGUUUAACAUGGUAAUAGAAACCAAUCCUGUGCAUGCCCUUGUUGCUUUCAUCUUCUUUGUACUUCUUGGUUUUCUCCAAAUCAGAUAUCCAGAAAAUCCCACCCCAUUUCAGCUUCAUCCAAAGACCAUGUGGCUUUCCAUUGCUAGCUUUCUUCUUUAUUGCUUAGCCUUCUUGGGUAGGCUCAAGUUUGGUAUUAGGGUUCAUCACUUUGACACCCUCGUGCACGUGUUUAGUUCGCUCUCGUUGAUUUCCUUGGUUCUGCUCUUGCUACCUGACAAAUGGGAAUCAUUAGGUUUCGUCUUGUACACAUUGUGCUUCAUUAUUCAUGUGAUCACCAUGUUCACAAGCCGUUUCAGAGAGAUGUGGGUGAAACUUCAACAAAUGAGGGGAGUGGCGCGUCCAGUUUUGCCAACCACUUCAAUGGAUUUGAAUCAACUGAAUUCAUAG